CGAACCGAUCCGGAUUAAGGGGCCGGAGGCGGGUCCCGGGCACCAGCGGUUCCGACCCCCCGCCCUCCGCGCGGCACCCGAGUGGCCCCCAGCCGAACGGGCCCGCACCUCCCGGCCCGGCCUGGGCCCUCCUGCGCCUCCCUUGGCCUUUGUCCGGCGCCAGGAGGCCGGUCCCGCGCCCCCCGCGGCCGCCCGGGCCCGGGCCCGCGUCGGGCGCCUGGCUCUGUACGCGAGCCCGGGGAUCUGCGGCCUUCGCGGCCCCCCUCCCCCGCCCGCCCUCUCGUGGAGCCCGGCGCCGGCGGCGGCUGCCCGGGCGGGGGGUUGCGGCGCCCAGGAGAGGCCCCGGCUCCGCCCCGGGCCUGCCCAGGGGAAGAGCAGAGCGUACCGCAGCCGGGUCGGGUCGGGGCCCCUCCCGGGAGGAGCGUGGAGCGGCGGCGGCGGCAGUAGAAAUGAUGGAAGAAUUGCAUAGCCUGGACCCACGACGGCAGGAAUUAUUGGAGGCCAGGUUUACUGGAGUAGGUGUUAGUAAGGGACCACUUAAUAGUGAGUCUUCCAACCAGAGCUUGUGCAGUGUGGGAUCCUUGAGUGAUAAAGAAGUAGAGACUCCCGAGAAAAAGCAGAAUGACCAGCGAAAUCGGAAAAGAAAAGCUGAACCAUAUGAAACUAGCCAAGGGAAAGGCACUCCUAGGGGACAUAAAAUUAGUGAUUACUUUGAGUUUGCUGGGGGAAGCGGGCCAGGAACCAGCCCUGGCAGAAGUGUUCCACCAGUUGCACGAUCCUCACCGCAACAUUCCUUAUCCAAUCCCUUACCGCGACGAGUAGAACAGCCCCUCUAUGGUUUAGAUGGCACCGCUGCAAAGGAGGCGACAGAGGAGCAGUCUGCUCUGCCAACCCUCAUGUCAGUGAUGCUAGCAAAACCUCGGCUAGACACGGAGCAGCUGGCACAAAGGGGAGCUGGCCUCUGCUUCACUUUUGUUUCAGCUCAGCAAAACAGUCCCUCAUCUACAGGAUCUGGCAACACAGAGCAUUCCUGCAGCUCCCAAAAACAGAUCUCCAUCCAGCACAGACAGACCCAGUCCGACCUCACAAUAGAAAAAAUAUCUGCACUAGAAAACAGUAAGAAUUCUGACUUAGAGAAGAAGGAGGGAAGAAUAGAUGAUUUAUUAAGAGCCAACUGUGAUUUGAGACGGCAGAUUGAUGAACAGCAAAAGAUGCUAGAGAAAUAUAAGGAACGAUUAAAUAGAUGUGUGACAAUGAGCAAGAAACUCCUUAUAGAAAAGUCAAAACAAGAGAAGAUGGCAUGUAGAGAUAAGAGCAUGCAAGACCGCUUGAGAUUGGGCCACUUUACUACUGUCCGACAUGGGGCCUCGUUUACUGAACAGUGGACAGAUGGUUAUGCUUUUCAGAAUCUUAUCAAGCAACAGGAAAGGAUAAAUUCACAGAGGGAAGAGAUAGAAAGACAACGGAAAAUGUUAGCAAAGCGGAAACCUCCUGCCAUGGGUCAGGCCCCUCCUGCAACCAAUGAGCAGAAACAGCGAAAAAGCAAGACCAAUGGAGCUGAAAAUGAAACGCCCUCUUCUGGGAAUACAGAGCUAAAGGAUUCAGCCCCAGCCUUAGGAGCCCACAGUUUACUUAGGUUAACAUUAGCAGAAUACCAUGAACAAGAAGAAAUCUUCAAACUCAGAUUAGGUCAUCUUAAAAAAGAGGAAGCAGAGAUCCAGGCAGAGCUGGAAAGGCUAGAAAGGGUUAGAAAUCUACAUAUCAGGGAACUUAAAAGGAUACAUAAUGAAGAUAAUUCACAAUUUAAAGAUCAUCCAACGCUAAAUGACAGAUAUUUGUUGUUACAUCUUUUGGGUAGAGGGGGUUUCAGUGAAGUUUAUAAGGCAUUUGAUCUAACAGAGCAAAGAUAUGUAGCCGUGAAAAUUCACCAGUUAAAUAAAAACUGGAGAGAUGAGAAAAAGGAGAAUUACCACAAGCACGCAUGUAGGGAAUACCGGAUUCAUAAAGAACUGGAUCAUCCCAGAAUAGUUAAGCUGUAUGAUUACUUUUCACUGGAUACUGACUCGUUUUGUACAGUAUUAGAAUACUGUGAGGGAAACGAUCUGGACUUCUACCUGAAACAGCACAAAUUAAUGUCGGAGAAAGAGGCCCGGUCCAUUAUCAUGCAGAUUGUGAAUGCUUUAAAGUACUUAAAUGAAAUAAAACCUCCCAUCAUACACUAUGACCUCAAACCAGGUAAUAUUCUUUUAGUAAAUGGUACAGCGUGUGGAGAGAUAAAAAUUACAGAUUUUGGUCUUUCGAAGAUCAUGGAUGAUGAUAGCUACAAUUCAGUGGAUGGCAUGGAGCUAACAUCACAAGGUGCUGGUACUUAUUGGUAUUUACCACCAGAGUGUUUUGUGGUUGGGAAAGAACCACCAAAGAUCUCAAAUAAAGUUGAUGUGUGGUCGGUGGGUGUGAUCUUCUAUCAGUGUCUUUAUGGAAGGAAGCCUUUUGGCCAUAACCAGUCUCAGCAAGACAUCCUACAAGAGAAUACUAUUCUUAAAGCUACUGAAGUGCAGUUCCCACCAAAGCCAGUAGUAACACCUGAAGCAAAGGCAUUUAUUCGACGAUGCUUGGCCUACCGAAAGGAGGACCGCAUUGAUGUCCAGCAGCUGGCCUGUGACCCCUAUUUGCUGCCUCACAUCCGAAAGUCAGUCUCUACGAGUAGCCCUGCUGGAGCUGCUAUUGCAUCAACCUCUGGGGCGUCCAAUAACAGUUCUUCGAAUUGAGACCGACUCCAAGGCCACAAACUGUUCAACACACACAAAGUGGACAAAUGGCAUUCAGCAGCAGGUUUGGAACAUAGCGAAUCCGAAUGGAUCUGAUGAAACCUGUACCAGGUGCUUUUAUUUUCUUGCUUUUUUCCCAUCCAUAGAGCAUGACAGCAUCGAUUCUCAUUGAAGAGAAACCUUGGGCAGCUCCGGCCAGGCCUCAUAGGGAAAGGCCCCGCUCAAGGUUCCCGCGUCAACGGCCACUGUGUGUGGCUGCUCUGAGUGAGGAAAAAUUAAAAAGAAAAACUGGUUCCAUGUACUGUGAACUUGAAAACAUGCAGACUCAGGGGGGUCCCUGAUGCAAUGCUUCAGAUGAAGAAUGUGGACUUGAAAAUACAGACUGGGCUAGUCCAGUGUCUAUAUUUAAACUUGUUCUUUUCUUUUAAUAAAGUUUAGGUAACAUCUCCUGAAAAGCUUGUAGCACAAAGGCUCAGCUGGGGAUGGUGUUUGACUUCGGAGGAAAAAAGUUGCUAUUGCCCGUUAAAGGCACUAGAGUUAGUGUUUUAUCCCUAAAUAAUUUCAAUUUUUAAAAACACGCAGCUUCCCUCUCCCCUUUUUUAUUUUUAAAAGAAUACAUUUGGGCAUAAAGUGAAACCCGUAUUAGCAAGUACGUGACAACAUUCAUUCCAAUCAGAUGCAGCUUUCUCCUCCGUCCGGUCUCCUGUUUGCAAUUGCUUCCCUCUUCUCAGUAGGGAAAAAAUUGAGUGGGAGUACUGAGAUGUGUGGGUUUUUGCCAUUGGACAAAGAAUGAGGUUAGAAGACUGCAGCUUGGAGUCUCUCUAGGUUUUCAACUAUUUCUUCACAAUUUGAACACUUGACGGUUGUCCCUUUUAAUUUAUUUGAAGUGCUAUUUUUUUAAAUAAAGGUUCAUCUGUCCAUGCA